GCAACGCUGAGUCUUGCGACGAGUCGCGAAAAAGAAAACAGAAUUUUGUUAGCUCACACGGCUAAUGUUGUUCUAAAUUUCCCGGCGAAUUGCGUAGAAAGAAUAAAAAUGGGUUCCGUCGAAAUCCCUCUUCGGGAUACUGACGAGGUCAUUGAGUUGUUUUUUGAUCAACUACCUGAUGGAGAGGAAGUCAUUCAGAUUCUUAAACAAGAACAUGCACAAAUACAUAUUUGGGUUACCUUGGCGGUGGAGUAUAACAACCAAAAUAAGAUUGCUGAUUUUGUCAAGGUGUUAGAAGCCUCACGCACUGAGUCUAAUAUGAAUUACAAAGAUUCGGAAAAAGAUCAAAUGAAGGCCCUUGAUACUUUGGCAGCUCACUAUGUCCAACAGGCAAAUAGAGAAAAGAACAAGGACAAAAAACGUGAACUAUUCACAAAAGCUACACACCUUUAUACAACUGCUGAUAAAAUCAUCAUGUAUGAUCAGAAUCACUUGCUGGGUCGUGCUUAUCUCUGCUUGUUAGAGGGUGAUAAAAUGGAUCAGGCUGAUGCUCAGUUCAACUUUGUGUUGAACCAGUCACCUGACAAUAUACCUUCACUCCUGGGAAAGGCUUGCAUUUCUUUCAAUAAGAAAGAUUACAAAGCAGCUUUGGCAUACUAUAAAAAGGCUUUGAGAACUAAUGCAACUUGCCCAGCAGGUGUACGGUUGGGUAUGGGACACUGUUUUCUUAAGCUGGGCAAUGCAGAAAAAGCAAGAAUGGCAUUUGAAAGAGCUCUUGAUUUGGAUCCUAAGUGUGUGGGUGCUCUAGUAGGAAUGGCUAUUCUGGAAUUGAAUUUACAAGAGUCCGAUUCUAUUCGCAACGGAGUUCAGCUCUUGUCACGGGCUUACGCAGUAGAUUCUAGUAAUCCAAUGGUUCUUAAUCAUCUUGCAAAUCAUUUCUUCUUCAAAAAGGACUAUUCGAAAGUUCAACACUUAGCCUUGCAUGCUUUUCAUAAUACCGAAAAUGAAGCCAUGCGCGCAGAAUCGUGCUACCAAAUGGCUCGUGCUUUCCAUGUACAAGGCGACUACGAUCAAGCAUUUCAAUAUUAUUAUCAGGCUACUCAAUUCGCUUCUACUAAUUUCAUCUUGCCGCAUUUUGGACUGGGUCAAAUGUACAUAUAUCGUGGAGAUACGGAAAAUGCAGCACAAUGUUUCGAGCGAGUGCUGAAAGCCCAACCGGGUAACUACGAAACAAUGAAAAUUUUGGGGUCGCUAUACGCUGCUUCUAGUAGCCAGUCCAAGAGAGAUAUUGCCAAAACCCACCUCAAAAAGGUUACGGAGCAAUUUCCUGAUGACGUUGAGGCCUGGAUCGAGCUUGCUCAGAUAUUGGAACAAUCAGAUUUACAAGGCUCUCUAGCAGCAUAUUCGACUGCCAUGAAAAUCCUAAAAGAGAAAGUGCAAGCAGAAAUACCACCAGAAAUCCUCAACAACGUGGGUGCCUUGUAUUAUAGAUUGGGGAACCUGGAAGAGUCGCGGAAGUACUUUGAACAAUCAAUCGAACGUGCCAAAGCGGACGCUGAACAGGAGCCUCAAGCGGAUAACACCGAGCAAGAACCUCAAACGGAGAAUGCGAUUUGCGUCACGACAAACUAUAACCUCGGAAGAAUCUAUGAGGGAUUGUUUAUGUGUGAUAAAGCAGAAAAAAAUUACAAGGAAACUCUGAAAGAACAUCCUAAUUAUGUCGACUGUUAUCUAAGACUCGGUUGUAUGGCACGAGAUCGUGGACAAAUAUACGAAGCUUCUGAUUGGUUUAAAGAAGCUCUUCAAAUUAACAACGAGCAUCCCGACGCCUGGUCUCUUAUUGGUAAUCUUCAUCUAGCUAAGAUGGAAUGGGGACCUGGACAAAAGAAAUUCGAGCGCAUCCUUAGACAACCAGCAACUGCCAAUGAUUCUUACUCGCUUAUUGCGUUGGGCAACGUCUGGCUCCAAACUUUACAUGUUCCAACAAGAGACAAAGAAAAGGAAAAACGGCAUCAAGAGCGAGCCCUUCAGUUAUAUAAAACAGUGUUGAAAAACGACCAACGCAAUAUUUGGGCUGCCAAUGGUGUCGGUUGUGUGCUAGCUCAUAAGGGUUGCAUUCCGGAAGCGCGAGACAUCUUUGCAUCAGUCCGUGAAGCAACGGCCGACUUUUCUGAUGUCUGGCUAAACAUCGCCCACAUCUACGUUGAACAAAGGCAAUAUGUCUCUGCAAUCCAGAUGUACGAAAAUUGCAUCCGCAAGUUUUUCCGACAUCCGCAUGUGGAAAUUCUUCAGUACCUUGCUCGAGCGCACUUCCGUGCCGGUAAGCUCCGUGAAGCCAAGCUAUCUCUCCUUAAGGCCCAGCAUGUCGCUCCGCACGAUACCGUUCUCUUGUUUAACACGGCGUUGGUCCUGCAACGAUUGGCGACCCAAAUUCUCAAGGAUGAGAAAUCAGACUUGCAAACUGUGUUGCAAGCUGUCAGUGAACUACAGCUGUCGCACAAGUUCUUCCAAUGGCUCUCGGUUAAUGGAGAUCGCAUGCGUUACGAUUUGUCAUUUGCUGCUGCCGAGGCUAGACAUUGUGGAGAUCUUCUUUCUCAAGCACAAUACCAUGUAGCGCGUGCUCGUAGCCUCGCGGAGGAAGAAAAACGUAUGAAAAAGAAGCAAGAAGAAGAGAGAGAAGCCUUCCGUAUGAAACAGCGAGAAGAACAAAACAGACUAGAAGAAAGUCGUAGACUGGAGCAAGAAAAACUACUCAAAUUGCGUGAAGAAUUUAUUGAGAAAACCAAGAAAGCGACUCAGUUUAACGAUAUGCCAACAGAAAAAGCUGAUAAGGGCAAGAAGAGUCGCAAGAAGAAGGAUGAUGAAGACGGUUUCGUUACUGACGGUAGUGAUCGUCUACGUAGCGGUGAUGAGGGCGCUGGCCCGCCAUCAAAGAAACGUAAGGCGGAACGGAAGCCACGCCAAACAGAAAGCAAAUCACGGAAGAAGACGAAAGGCGGAGAAGAACGUGGGCGGGCAAGGGAGAAAAAAGGUCGCAGUGAAGGCAAAGGUGCUAAGAAAGGAGCUUCGAAGAAAUCAGCCGGAGAUAUUGAGGAUGGCCUUAGUUCCAAACAGAAAAGCAAAGUGGUAUCGAAAGCCAUCAUAUCUUCUUCAGACGAUUCGUCUUCAGAGGAAGGUGGCAAAUUGCGCAUUGCGAGCGGUGGAGAGGAAAGUGGUGGUGAAGGGGGCGGAAAAAGCCGGAGGAGAAGAAUCGCUUCCGGUUCAGAGAAGAGCUACAGCGGACGCUCUGUGUCUCGUUCUCCAGCAAAAUCGCGAUCGCCGUCAGGUUCUCGCUCUGGUUCGGGAUCUCGUUCUCGAUCAUCUGGACGUUCUAAUUCGAGAUCCAAAUCUCGAUCAAAAUCACGUUCACGUUCCAACUCACGUUCUAAGUCGCGUUCCAAGUCCCGAUCCAAAUCCCGAUCCAAAUCCCGCUCGGUUAGCAGAUCCUCCCGUUCUUCGCGGUCAUCUCAAUCGUCUCGUUCCAGGUCUAAAUCGAAAUCCGGCUCACGUUCAUCAUCACGCUCUAAAUCCGGAUCUCGUUCUAAAACACCUAAAUCAGGCUCGGAUGAUUCGGAUUGAAAACAAAUGUUUAUGUUAUAAAGAAAUCUUGCAACAUUUGACAAAUUAAACCCUUCAUUCUUUUCGCAA